CGCGCUUCUUAACUACACCCAACGCCCUGUGUCUUCACCUCCUUCAUUGCACUCUCUGCCCUCCUGUUUUGAGUUUCUGUUGUCGUUUUCUCUUUCCUAGGUUUUUGGUUUUCUCUGCGGAAGGCUGUUUUUUUUAAGCUUCAUCAAUGGCACAGGAGGAGGUCCAGAACGGAGGAGCCGAGAAGGUAGCGGCUGUGAAAUUCACGGCGUUGAAACCUCAGCUGAUGGUGGAGGCACCGAAGGCUGUUGAUGCGGUGCAGUUCUACAAAUCCGCUUUCGGCGCCGUUGAGGUUGGCCAUACUGUUCACCCUAAGCGCAAGGCCGAGCAGGAGCUCCCUCACAUCCUCUCCGCUCAACUUGAGCUAGCCGGCUCUACCAUUCUCGUUUCUGAUAUUGUUGAAAACUCUACUCCGGUGAAAACCGAGGGUGGCGGAUGUGUGCUCUGCCUCGAGACCGAGGACGUCGAAACUGCUGUUGCCAAGGCCGUGAGCGCUGGUGGAGUUGCAGAGAGUGAGAUAACUGAGGAGGACGGCGCUUGCGAUGGUGGUCGCGUGGGCAAGGUGAAGGAUCCAUAUGGCUACGUUUGGCUUAUCUGCUCCCCGGCUAAGAAGUGCGCUGACGUGUAGGGUUUAGAUGUCGUAUGAUCUUUUGAUAUAUUUUCCUCAGCUUUAAUUUCUCUGUGACGGGUGGGGUACCCUACCUUGUCGGUAAAAAAAUGGGUUUGUAGCCGGUAGGAAAUAGCGAGACUUUUGGUGUUUUGAUACUGUUCUUCGUGAACCUCCAGGUGUCAGUUGCUCUUAAAUGAAAAUCACCUGCGUUUUUAAUCUCUUAAA